UGCUCUAUUCGCUUGGGAGAUAAAGAGUGGGAGGGGUGAAUCGUCACACUCGUUAAAGUCCUUGAUAUGCCGACCGGUCUUUGCCCUACGAUUGCAAUUUCACUGCAUUUUUCCUUUAUCGCCACUUACUCUUGGCUCAACGUCUUGUGCUUUGGAGUUUGGCGGAUGUUUAGUUCCAUCAGAUCACCGACAAACACAUCCGACUUGGGUAAACCGUUUUUCUGUUCUUCCGUUUACGGAUGGGGUAUUCCGUUGGUCAUCGUGGUCGUCGGACAAAUCCUCACCACACUGCGAUGUGCCAGAUUACAUCAUUCAACCGGGAUUUGCAUCCUACUGUUGGUUUGAUCCACAGGAAAGAGAGCCAUUAAUUGCGUAUUUGUACGGACCUCUAAUUGCCAUGAUUGGAGCAAACUAUAUCGUGAUUAUCUGGGGUGGUAUUAAGUUUUGCCAAAGAAGUGUCGAAUCGUCGCAGGUGACCAAUGUUUCCCGUAAAAAACAAAGGUUUAAAGUGAUCCUGAGUCUCUUUUUGCUAAUGUGUAUGCCCUGGUCAGUAGGCGUAAUUGUUUUCAUGGCGGUUAACAGUUUGAACUACAAGAUUAUGAGAAUAUUCAACAUACUGUGGGCAAUUUUCAUUUUCAUCAUCUUCGUCUGUAAGCCGAGCGUGUGGAAGCUGCUCAAACUCAAGUUCCCGUGGAUUAGUCCCUUCCUCUCGACUUGUGAAAAACUCGGGUCAAAGAUAAUCUGUUUGAAAAGCGAACAUCAACCACUCGUUACUGAUGAAGAAAAACCAUCUAACUCGAAGAACACGGCCGGCAUUAGCGGUAAGUUUACCCAAAUUGGCUAUCAACGCCAUACCGAAUCGACGGUCUGAAACAAACAU